ACCGACUGGAGUUUCAAAUUUUAAUCGGGAGACACAUCAAAUUCAUACCAUUGAUGUAGCAUCUAACACAGAAACAAGUCAUCUUUCGAGAACGAAAAAUAAAAAUUAUAACUACUAAACUUCCCUUCCCUUUCGAAAAAAAAGAUAUAUAGCCUAAAAUUCGACCUUUUUUUACUAUGCAGACACUUUCCAAUGAUGAAGGCUAGAAUAAUUACACAUUACUUUUAUCAUUAUUAAAUAAAAAAGAUAAACUCUUUUUGUUGCCGUAGGAAAGACACUUUUGAAUAGUUUUUGAAAAAACGGUCUUUACAGACUUUCCGAAAUCACGGGAAGAAGAUGGCAGUGCCACGAGGGUGAAAUUUAGGUAAGGUUGAAGGAUACAGCUCCACGUGGCAGGAAAUCACCGCUCAUUCUUGGUAACUUUGUUAGUCCAAUUCCAGCGCUCAGAUUCCGGAAAUCCAAUCCAAAUUGCCCAAAAUUACGACCACUUCUUCUAUUGCUGUUACUGUUACACUGUAUCGUCUUCACCACUCAGCACUGCAGCACUGUCACAAUGGGACUAGUACCCACCGCCCGAAUCAUGCACCGCUCACCAUCCUAUCUUUUCCCCUGCGUCACCGCCUUGGCCUUCCUCUCCCUCACCAUUCUCGUCCUCUACAAGGUUGACGACUUCGCCACCCAGACGAAAACGGUCGUCGGCCACAAUCUAGAGCCGACACCAUGGCACCUUUUCCCGCCAAAAUCUUUCUCCGAGGAGACUCGCCAGGCUCAAGUCUAUAAGAUACUUCAUUGCUCAUACCUGACUUGUACUGGCUACACCAUUCCAAAUUAUAUCACAGGACGGCGUCGUUCUGUACCCGUUGUGGGCAAUCAGACAUGCCCUGAAUUCUUCCGAUGGAUCCAUCGGGAUCUCGAACCUUGGACCCGGACUGGAAUCUCGAAGACCCAUUUGAAGAAAGCCCAGGAAUUCGCUUCGUUUCGGGUUGUGAUUGUUGGAGGGAGAUUGUUUGUUGACUUGUACUAUGCGUGUGUGCAGAGUCGAGCUAUGUUUACGAUUUGGGGUUUGUUGCAGCUUCUUAGAAGGUACCCCGGGAUGGUUCCUGAUGUUGAUAUGAUGUUUGAUUGUAUGGACAAGCCCAGUAUUAACCGAACUGAACAUGGAUCGAUGCCAUUGCCUCUGUUUCGGUACUGUACCACUCAAGCUCAUUUUGACAUCCCUUUUCCUGAUUGGUCCUUCUGGGGUUGGCCAGAGACAAAUCUUAAUCCAUGGGAUGAAGAGUUCAGAGAUAUCAAACAUGGUUCUCAAAAAAGGAAUUGGACAAAGAAGUGGCCCCGUGCAUUCUGGAAAGGAAAUCCUGACGUUGGUUCCACUAUACGUACAGAGUUACUAAACUGUAAUCACUCACGGAAGUGGGGAGCACAUAUUUUGCGUCAGGAUUGGUCAAAAGAAGCACAAGAGGGUUACGAAAAGUCUAAACUUUCUAAUCAGUGUGACUAUCGGUAUAAAAUCUAUGCUGAAGGGUAUGCUUGGUCUGUGAGCCUGAAAUAUAUUCUUUCUUGUGGUUCUCUUGCACUAAUAAUAUCCCCACAAUAUGAAGAUUUUUUCAGCCGCGGUCUUGUUCCUAAGAAAAAUUAUUGGCCGAUCUCUUCUACUGAUUUAUGUCCAUCCUUAAAAUUUGCUGUUGACUGGGGCAAUGCCCAUCCAUCUGAGGCUAGAGAGAUAGGGAAAGGAGGGCAAGAUUUGAUGGAGAGCCUUAGCGUGGACAGAGUCUAUGAUUACAUGUUUCAUCUCAUCAAAGAGUACUCAAAGCUACAAAAGUUCAAACCGAUUCGACCACCUUCUGCACUGGAAGUGUGCAGUGAAUCCCUGCUAUGUCUGGCUGAUGCUAAACAGAGAUACCUCCUCCGAAAAUCAACAGCAUUUCCUUCUUCAUCGCCCCCUUGUUCUCUCCAGGCUGCGGAUAUUAAUCUAAUGAAGAAUUUGAUUAGGAAAAAAAGACAAACCAUUGAUGACAUAGAAGAUAUGAAGCGCAAAGCGUAUACACAAACUAAAAAUUAACAAUGUUUUUGUAGAGUUUUCAAUUUUUUGUUCAGGGCCAUUUUCUGUAUUAGUACAUAAGGAUAUAUAGCGUUGACUAGAUUGAUUUUCACAGUUCAAAUAAUAUACUUCCUACAUACCAUAUACUUUCUCUAGUGUGUAAUGGCCAUGAUGUAGAACAAGAGCAAGUAAACAUUUUGUGUUCAUUAACUUAUCAACUUACAG